GGUGGAGAAGGCGGCUGCCAGUGUAAGCCCAGAGCUGAAGUUCUUGAUCUUCCACAAUGGGUGAGCCACAGCAAGUGAGUGCCCUCCCACCCCCUCCGAUGCAGUACAUCAAGGAGUAUACAGAUGAAAAUAUUCAGGAAGGCCUCGCUCCCAAGCCUCCACCUCCAAUAAAGGACAGUUACAUGAUGUUUGGCAACCAGUUCCAGUGUGAUGAUCUUAUCAUCCGCCCUUUAGAAAGUCAGGGUAUUGAACGACUUCAUCCUAUGCAGUUUGAUCACAAGAAAGAACUGAGAAAACUCAAUAUGUCUAUCCUUAUUAAUUUCUUAGACCUCUUAGAUAUCUUGAUAAGGAGCCCUGGGAGUAUAAAACGAGAAGAGAAGCUAGAAGAUCUUAAGCUGCUUUUUGUACAUGUACAUCAUCUCAUAAAUGAAUACCGACCCCACCAAGCAAGAGAGACCUUGAGAGUCAUGAUGGAGGUGCAGAAACGUCAACGUCUUGAGACAGCCGAGAGGUUUCAAAAGCAUCUGGAACGAGUCAUUGAGAUGAUUCAGAAUUGCUUGGCUUCUCUGCCUGAUGAUUUGCCUCAUUCGGAAGCAGGGAUCAGAGUAAAAACUGAACCAAUGGACGCUGAUGACAGCAACAAUUGUAUUGGACAGAAUGAACAACAAAGAGAAAAUUCAGGUCAUAGGAGAGAUCAGAUUAUAGAGAAAGAUGCUGCGUUGUGUGUCCUGAUUGAUGAAAUGAAUGAAAGGCCGUGAAGGAUGUUUCUUUUCCUUUCCCCUUCAGUGAAUGGUAAACACAUUAGUUAAUUCACUUUUAGAGAGUUUCAAAAGAGAGAUAACUAGAAAGAAGUCUUGCAAGCAGCUUGAUUCUCCAACUUUCUCAAUUGUGAGAAGUCAUAGCAGUAAUUUCACCUUAUGGCAAGCAUGGGUAAAUGAGUGUGCCUACAUUAAUUAAGAGUGAUCCCCUUAAAAAGCAGAGUGCAGGUAUUUGUGGCAUAUCCUUGUUUCCAGAGUUGCAGUGAAUUUUGAAGAUAUCUUCAGUGAUAGCAGGUUUCACCCCUGGGAAGUAGAUUUGUCAUUUGCUUUAAGAGUGAUAGAUAAUAAAAGAUAUCAGACUUUAUAAAUGAAAUUAUGAAAUCUUUGUUUCACUUAAAAACUUGCUUAAUCUCUAAAAAAGAAUAGUGUAACAUGUUUAAAGAGAGGAACCCCAGAGUUGUAAAAGUUUCAUUUUUUCUCUUGGCUGUUCUUGCAAACACCAUCUCAGCCUCUUACCCCUAUCGUGGAUGGGUUCCUGGAACUUUUAUCCAGUCACUAAGAAGUCCUUUGAUCACUUUUAGUUACAGACAUUCAUUUUAAUCAUUAAAAUGUCUAUGUAAAUUAUCUGUACUACAUUUCCUAGAUUCAGACUUGCUUAAGGGUGGAAGCCUGCCAUGGAAAGGGGGUUUGGUGGCAGAGAUCGCUGGAUGUCCACCAGAGAUUCUUGCUCCCCUGAGACAUGCUGCCUUGCCAGAAACUGCAGUUCUCCAUUCCCUGUGCAUCUCUGUGAGGCCAUGUGACUGAAUUCUUAGCAGUGGAAUAUGAUGUAAAAAUCCAGGCCUGCCCCAUAAAAGUUUUUUAUAUCACCCACCAUUCUCUUCUCAUCUGCUGGUUUGAUGGUCACACCCAGGAAAACUUUGGAAGCCACUUGAAGAUGGCAAAAGUUUGGUCAUUUUGGGUCCUUGAAUGCCUGAAGACCAGGACCUCCUUUCAUUUUAACUCCACCCUCCCCACCGUCCCACCCCUCUCCUUACCCCUGCUGAUUUAACUUCACCAUGUGAAUAAGAAGUCAACUUACUGUUGUUAUUUUGUUGUUACUGUUGUUUUGAGCACUGAGAUUUCAUUUCUGCACUUCUCUUUUCUCCAACCCCUCUUCCACUGAAAUCUUGGUGGAGAGUCUGCCUUGUAUAUGAGGGUUUUUACCAGCCUUCCUCUUAAUAAAGCAUAUUUAGAAAUAUGCUUUGAGUGAUUCUCAAAGCAUAGUGCUAGACUGGCAGCAUUGACAUCACUUGGGGACUGGUUAUGCAAAUUCUCAGGUCCACCCCAGGCAUGUUAAAGUGAAUUCUAGAAGUGGGACUCAACAAACUGUGUUAAAGAGCUCUCAGGUGAUUCCCAUGCAGGCUCAAGCUUAAGAAUCCCUGAUAAUGGUAAGGCCUUUUCCCAAAUAAACAGGCAAAGUACGGUUUAAAGUGGCCAUGGGUCAAUUCUGUGUGUGAAACACUCAUUUAUCCUUUUCUUUAAAAUUCUGGGGCAUUUAGGCUGUUCCCAAAUAGAUAGCCUGUUCUGCAUACUCUCUUGGACUGGGCCUAAGCCAUGCCAGAUGAGGGACAGACGUUCUUGGCAAGUAGGGCCACUCUACUGUUUCUGUCCGUGGGCCUCUUGCCUGUCAAAAAAUAUUUGGCUUCCCUAGUGGCUCAGUUGCUAAAGAAUCUGCCUGCAGUGCUGAGUUUGAUCCUUGGGUCAGGAGAAUCCCCUGGAGAAGGAAAUGGCAACCCACUCCGGUACUCUUGCUAGGAGAAUUCCAUGGAGAGAGGAGCCAGGCAGGUUACAGUCCAUGGGAUCACAAAGAGUCAGACACGACUGUGUAACUUUGAAGUAGAUAACCUCUCUGUUAGGCAGAUAGUUGGCAAGUCUCAUUUGUUUUUUCCUCAUAUGUGUUUGGUAUUGAUUUUUUGGCUCCAUAGACUCCAGGAGACCCAGUCUGGGCUCUGUUAAGUUUAAAUUGAAGGGGGAAGGAAACCCCUUCAUCUCCCUGUGGCAGAAUAAGGUAGAUAUAACACUUUAGCAACUCUCCAAAGGAAUCUCCUUUGAACACAACCCUCUUAUAACACUGAAGUACGUAACCAAUUUUGCAAAUCCUUGCAUGGAAAAAACUAACUGAAUCACAUUAUCACUAUCACAUCCUUAAGAGAGUCACAACAUUAUUUGUAUAUAAUGUUUGUUGGAGAGAAAGAGUAAGAGAUUAAAAUUUCAUGUGAAAUCUUAAAUUCUGACUUUGAAGGGAUAUGAUCUUGCAGAUCUGUCAGGGUGGAACUUAACAUAAACUAAUGAAUUCUGAUGUGAACUCCUGCUGUUACAAUGGGAAAAAACACUGGUGAAAAAACACCAGUGGUCUGAUAGUU